AUGGCGAAACGUAAGCUCAAAGCUGCUCUUUUAGCUCAUCAAGCCCAAACCUCUGAGAAGAAACGACGUGACAGAGCUCAACAAGCUCUAGAAGCUAAAAGAUCUUCCAUCAUUUCUGGCAAAACCCAUAAAUCCAAAACCGCCCAAGCAACUAAAACCAAAUCCAAACCUAUUAUUCCAUUCGAUAAUUCAGAUACUAUACUUCUCUUAGGUGAAGGGAAUUUUUCAUUUGCGACUUCUCUUUUACUUCCACCUCAUUCCAUCCCGGGGGAAAGGAUCUUGGCUACGUGCUAUGAUUCACAAGAGGUUUUAUAUUCGAAGUACUCUGAUGCGGAGGGGAAUAUCGAAAAGUUGAAGGAGAAUGGUGUAGGGGUGGAAUUUGAGGUUGACGCUACGAAUUUGGAGAAAUGUAAAAGGAUUGGGAAAGGGAAAUGGAGUAAGGUUAUUUUCAAUUUUCCUCAUGCUGGAGCAGGUAUAACAGAUCAAGAUCGUAAUAUUUUAUCUAAUCAACAUCUUUUACUUGGAACAUUCCGUUCCCACAAACAUCAACGUCACCGCUCAUCUUCCUCGUCAUCAUCAUCAUCGUCGGAACAUCUCUCAGAUAUCGAACCCGACGAAAUGUAUGAAAACGAAGAACCCCAAUCUUCCCUUCCGGCCAAUCCACCUCUAUCCGUUCCAAACAAAGACGGAACAAUCCUCAUUACUCUCCUAGAUCAACCACCUUACACUCUAUGGGCUUUACCUAAAUUAGCUAAACGUCCUCCUGCUUUAUGUCCAAAUACCAACCUCCCACAACCUCGAUAUACCCUUUUGAGAAGUUUUGAAUUCAUCCCAAGUUUGUAUGAAGGUUAUGAACAUCGACGUACUAGAGGUUUUAAAGAAGGGAAGAGUAAGAAAGGGAAUGAAGAGAUUUUAGGUAGACAAGGAAAAGCUAGAACUUGGGAGUUUACUAGGGUAUAA